CCUCUGAGAACAGCUUGUUUAUUCACUGUUGGGACAAAAAAAUGUUAUAGUAUUACCUCAUUAAUAUUAAAAUUCUUCGACAAAACCACACAGUGCCCCUUUAAUGUUUAUUGCAAAGUCUAUCUUCUAAGUCUUCCUCCUUAUCUUGACUCUUCUUCCUCGUGUAUGUCAGUCCUCUCCUCAUCCAUUCAUGCAAAAACAUGGACUGUUUUAUGUAGCCCAGGCCACAAACUACGCUUAUUUUUUGAAUAGUAAAAGUACACAAACAUACUAGGAAAGGUCAAAAUAAAUCACUAAUUGUGUAAGAAGCCGAAGACAAAACGAGGGAGUGUCAGUGGAGUCAUGUGCAGCGUGAGAGACAGCCUCAGCCUCGACGUAGGUCGCGGCUGCAGUGAGCCUCACAGCCCUGCCUGAGCCGAGCUAAGCUGAGCCGAGCCGAGCUAAGCUGAGCCGAGCCGAGCUGAGCCGGGCUGCAUGGCCAGCCUGACCUCCUCACGCUGGAAGCAGGUGUCGCUCAGCAGCGGUUCUCCGGGAGCCUCGGCGCUGACGCCGAAUUGUCCGGGAGGAGCGACCCAAACCGUCAGCCGCCCCACAGGCCGCACAUGGAGCCGGGGACCUCCCGUGAAACUCCGACCGACGCGGGGUGCCCUAAACCGAGCGGCGCGCGGGAGGAGACCCCGGGAGGAGAGGCGGGAGCACGAGCCGGGAUGCUGAAGCCGAGAGGAGUGGACGAAGGCGCGGCGGGGGAGGCGAAAACGCGGCGAGAGGCUGAGAGCCAGAUCGAAGCUGGAGAGGAGGAAGAUGCCGCCAAACACCAGGAGGAACUGGACCCAAGAAUCCAGGAGGAGCUGGAGCAUCUCAACCAGGCCAGUGAUGAUAUCAACAAGCUGGAGCUGCAGCUGGAUGAUGCCAGGUCCAGCUACAGGAGGAUUCUGACCGACUCCGCCAGGAAACUCAACGCUCAGGGCUCCCAGCUCGGUGCCUGCAUCGAGAAAGCAAGGCCCUACUAUGAAGCCCGCAGACUGGCCAAGGAGGCCCAACAGGAGACCCAGAAGGCAGCUCUGAGAUAUGAGAGGGCCGUGUCCAUGCACACUGCUGCCAGAGAGAUGGUAUAUGUGGCAGAGCAGGGCCUCUUGGCAGACAGGAACACCAUGGACCCAACCUGGCAGGAAAUGCUCAACCAUGCUACUGCCAAGGUAAACGAAGCAGAAGAGGAGCGCCUCCGCAGCGAGCGGGAGCACCAGCGAGUCACGCAGCUCUGCCAAGAUGCCGAGGCACGAGUCCAGACCCUCCAGAAAGCCCUGAAGAAAGUCAUCCUCAAAUCCAAACCUUACUUUGAACUCAAGGCUCAGUUCAAUCACAUCCUGGAGGAACACAAGGCUAAAGUGGUGCAGCUGGAGGAGCAGGUGGCGAAAGUAAAAACCUGUUACUCCGUGGCCCUGCGGAACCUGGAACAGAUUAGCGAGCAGAUCCAUGCACAGAGGGGCCGGAUCAGGGCCCGCAGCCGGCAUCCUGCGGUCUGCGGGGGGCGAAGCUCCCCUGUGGGCGCCGAGGCCGAGGUCAGAGCCGCGACUGGGAUUCACGUCAGUAGCUGCGCGGCCGUCGGCGGGAUCGAGAGCGACUGGGCAGAUGGCGAGAAAACCCGGCUGUGGGUGGAGAGGCACAGAGAGAGCGGCUGGGGCCAGAGGGAGCGGCUGGACGCCGAGCAGGCCGGCUCGGACCGCAUGUCCGUCAUCAGCCUACAGACCAUCGCCUCCGACCUGGAGAAGUGUGACUCGGUGGAGCACCUGGGCGACCUGAGCGACGCUGGGAGCGUGGUGGGCAUGGUGGGCGAGGGGUGGGACUGUGACAGGAAGCCCGAUGAGAAGUCAGUCUGCAGGGUGAUGACUGAGGAGCCACAGCAGGAGGAGGGAGGAGAUAGUAAAGAGAAGCAGGAGGGGUUCAUCAAGCAGCACCACAGAAGUGUAAGUCUAUGAUAGUUAGCAGCAGGAAGCUGAUGAGUGAUGACGAGCGAGGAUCACGGCGAGCAGUUGAUGAGGGACUCGGAGAGGAAAUAUGAGGGGAGAAGGAAAGUACCUUGACAGAAGUGGUAGAUGGGCUGGCAGGAAUAUGAUUUGGAGAGGCUGACUGAUUGACACAGCGCCACACUGACAGAGCAGUUAGGAACAGCAGGGAGGGUUGGCAGGUAAGACAGCCACGGUUUAUUGAAUCUCUACACGGCAGCAAUAAAGGGAGAGCGGUCCUGUAGCAAUCGCUGAUGACCCGUCACUCCUGUACGGUACUUUGCAGUAUGUGAUCAAGUCUGUUGUACCACACCCUGAAACUUCAACCAAGGUGCGUGAAACAAAGAGGCUCCGGAAAACGAAUCACUGUUAAGUACAAAGGGCAUUUAACAAACGACUCAAACAUGCUUGUGUUAAAUUUCCUGUCCCUGCAAACCUCUUUAGAAAGAUGUCCUCGGUACUGAUGUGUGUUUUUGCUUUAACGAUGGAUAACUAUGGUUCUUGUUGAAAGGGGUUCUUUAGUUUGUUGUAACUUUGGUUUUACUUUUGUAGCUUAGGCCAUCCUCUCUUUCAGUCACAACACUGGAUUCACUGAAGAAUUCAAUCGUAGGUAGUACUUAAGAUAUACAUUAAGCAUCUUUGUUGGUCUUGAUUUAUCUAGUUUUGAAGAGAGAAAAAAACAGUUUAUACAAUUUACAUACCUAAAGGAUCUAAGUAAUAAACCCUGUAAGAGCCAAGCUAAAUACAAGAUGAUUAAAAAUCAGUUACACCAGGACCUCUGGUUUUAUGACAACACAGGCACACAGCGGUAUGUACUGGGUUAGUGGUAGUACAUGCAAAGCUGCAGGGAAUGGGACUGAAAAGGUUGUGUUUAAGAAAACUAAUAAGAAUGGCACUCAGUAGAGUGUAUAUAUCUGCACCAAGGCCCAGCAGUCACCUUUAAUUCCUAAUCCAGUUUCAAACUGGAUUGGCCAGCGUCACUCUGAAUUUGAAAAAACAGCCAUAACAGCUUAAACAGAAUUUAAACUCACCAGAUCUAGGAUUUGCAUUAUAUUGUACUUCUGGACACCAGCCACCUACUGUACAUAGAUUUUUUCGAUUUUCCCCAAAGAACGAAGAUGUUGAAAAACACCAUAUCGAGCAAUGUUAAAGAGAGUGAGACAAAGUUCCUGGAUCUGUGACUUUUGUCUGGAUCCAACUUCAUAGUUUAACAGAAAUAUAUCUGUCAGAUGUCGGUUCAGCACUGAGAUACAUCAGCCUGACCUUCAGUAACUGACAGCAGCGUGAGGAGAACCACUAGCUGAGAAUAAUGAAAGGUGCCCCCCAUGCCUUCAGAUUGGUAUUUCCAUUUUAAGCGAAUUUAAUUGGUUCUCAUAAGCGACUGCCUUGUUCAGCAAAUGUAACAUGCUCAGGUGUGAUCACGUGAUCUAAAUAGAGCUAUACAUGCCGAGCCGGUAUAUCAGACGGCCUCUGUGAACAAAAUUGAACAAAGACAACUUUGUUUUAGUGCUGUACCACCAAACUACAAGUCUAAUAAUCUCAUUUGUGGAUGUAAGUCAUGCAGAGGCAUUCAUAUUAAAAUGAGACUGUUUUAAAACCCGUGAAAAGUUCCUUGUAGUACAUUUAGAUGUUUAAAUUUUUUUUUCAAACAUCAGUUUCCUCCAGUUUACUAAACUAAAAGCACGGGUCUACUUUACAGAUAGCCAUACACCAAGUUAUGCCCUUACGCGGAGAAAAAAAAAUGCCAAAUGUUUGAUUUGUUGAUGACUGACUUUAAUUUCUUUAAAGUGCCUUCGAGUCCUGAUUAGGCUCCGUUAUCCAAAUAUAGAAUUAUUUACGGGAGUUUAAGUGAAAGCAAUUGAUAAUCUGCUCCGACUGGAGAGAACGAAUUGUCUGUGAUCAUUUGUUUUUACCUUCGUGUUAAGUUAUGAAAUAUGUUAUUUAUGUUCAGGGUGCAGCAGACUCGAACUGUACGACCUGAAAGCCAAUGUUUGACACUGGUCACGUAUUCAUUUUCGUCCGUGAGGUACAUGUAAAUACAGGACGUUUGAGGAGUUCAGUGCUUCCCCCAGAGGACUGAUAUCAGUUUGAAUGUCUGUAAUUGUUCCAGCAUGUAAUUCCUGCUAAAACCACAAGUUGUUCUGACAUUUGUCUGUUUGUACAGAGUUGCCCGAAAGAGUUACUGUACAUUUUUGUAAAUGUUUGGGAAUUUAGCAUUUGGACAGAGCCAUGCUAGCUGUUUCCUUCUGCUUCCAGUCUGCGUGCUAAGCUAGGCUAACCUCGUCCUUCCUCCGGCUCUGUAUUUAACAUAAAGACAUGAGAUUUAGUUGUGAAUGAUAAGUGUAUUGGUAACACGUUAUAGUUAAUGAAUUAAUAAGUUAAUAUGUUUUUAAAUCAUUUGUUGAACUGUUUAACCUUAAAAGUGUUUGUUUGUCGAUAAUAUAUAGUGAUUGUUACUAUAAAGUGUUACCAGUGUAUUUGUUGAACUAUUAGAUAUGUGCAAAUGUAAUGUCACCGCAGUUCUUGAAUUGUCCAUGACUACUGAGCAUGACUGAAAAAAUGUCUGUCUGAUGAAUUGGGAGAUGAUAUCUCAGUGUAAUCCAGUGAAAUUUAAUUUUGAAAUUAAGUUAGUUUAUUAUAGGAACGUCAUAUUUGUUUUAACCCAACAUCCCGCAAAUGGUGGGUUGCUUUCACUGUGUGUGUGUGUGUGUGUGUGUGUGUGUGUGUGUGUGUUCUCUAAUUUGACUUCACACGUUCACAUUAGUUACAACAUGAAGAGGCAGUGAAAGCUGAAACAGAAAAAGACUUGAACUUAUGAUCCAAACAGUAUUGUGGGUUUGCACAACUGCUGCGUGUUUGCACCUGAUGUCUUUGGUACAGCAUAUGUAAUGACUUCACUCUGAACCCUGUUUACAACAUUGCUGUAGAAAACAGUGUGUUAACGGUUUGUUUAGAAAAGAAUGUACAUGCAACACAUGUUUAAUCCUGCUGAACUUCAGAUACCUUACUCAACAUGCAAAUGUUAUUUUCUUGAACUUCAUUAUUAAAAAAUGACAGUUUAACUUGUUUUGCGGUGUUGUAAGGGGAUAUUUAGUUUUUAUAGCGGGUCACGAGCAUAAGGAUUGUGAAUUAAUCCUUAAAGGAGCAUUUUGUAAAUUAUUACCAUCUGCCCCAAACAAAUAGAGGGUACUGUUUAUUUAUUCUAUACAUUUCAUUUUUCUAUGCAAAUUCAUUGUUGCAGGUUGUUAAAAUUAUGAAGACUGAAAUAAUUACUGCUAUCUAUGUAUUGAUUUAACCGUGUAUUGGCCAUUCCUCAGUUGCAUUGUUGCAUUCUUUUGUUUCACAAUAAGUGCUAAAUUAAAAACUUUUGGAGUUAUACAAUGAUA